AUGUCUACCGCCGCUCCUGCUGUUCAGCCUUCUACUCCACCCUCGCCCAAGGAAGUCCGCUUCUCGGACACUUCCUCAAUCGUCACUGGCUUCUCACGACCUCUCACCUCGGAGGAGGCAUGGCUCUUGUUCGAUUUAGAAACCCACUCUCGCGAAUGUCGCCAGUGCAUCUCUCCAUACAAGCAAUGGCAGGCAGGUGCUUCGUUGUGCCAUAAGGGAAUGCACAUGUCAAAGCAAAUCGCCGAUACCAUGUACAUCCACAAGGGAAAGGUUUUCGAGAGAUACACCCGUCUUAGGAAGCCUUCGCAGGUCGAGAUCCCGCAUACGUACACAUACCUCCGAGAACAACUUCGCGUCUUUGAAGAGUCUGCAGCUAUCCGUCAUGCUCGUCGACAAGAAGAAGAGCAAAGACCGCGUGUUAGAGUCCACAACGACAGCAGUCGCCGCAACGAUGAACCCCACAGAUCCAGCAGUGCCGAAGUCGUCAUCGAGGGAGGCCGCAGAGACGACCACCGUCGCAGAGACAGGUACCGCCAGGAGGAGCCUCGCGAGACUAGGUAUCACGAUCACGACCGCGAGCGCAGACAUGGUCACAAAGAACACCGCUCAGAGUACCGUCACGAAGAGAGAAAGGACCGAGAACGUCGCCGAGCCGCAGAAGUCGAGGCAGAGAUCAACGUCCGGGAGAACAGGUACCGCACACAGGAGAGGAGGCCAACUUGGGCAGAAGAUGAUUCGAGAGCACGCCGGUAG